UAAUCUUUUCCGGCAUAAAUUAAAGCGAAGAGAGUCGAUGAUGCGAUGCGAUUGCCGUCCUUUGCCUUUAUUCGAUCGAUACCCCCCACACAUUAUCUCUCCAUUUUAUCUCCUCCCUACCUAGAUGAUUUCGAUUCAAUAAUUUUUUAUAGCUUCUUGUCAAGAUUGAUUGCGUCUGUGUAACGUUGAUAUUUUCGACAGAUCUGGCUUCCCCGCAGCAGCAUACAUUUCAUUGCCUGCGGAGCGAGGAAACUACAGAGGAUUUUGGACUUUGAUGAUAGAAAUGGACGAUAUGAUAACGAAGCGAAAGGCAGAGGAUGAACUGAUCGAAGUGGCGAAUGAAUUUAAGCGAAGCAAGCUGGUGAUCGACUGCACCGCGAAAUCCGAGAACGAACAACAACAACAACAACCGCAACAACAAACUCACUCGCAAUCGCAGAUCGAUGACAAGUCCUCGCCUGUGAAAUCGUCUUCUUGUUCGGAAGACGCUACCGGGGAUCGAAACGACGAUCUAGCGGAUGAUGAGAACAUCGAUGAGGUGCCGGAGGAAGUGUUUAAUGAGGUUAGAGUGGAGGCCGUGGAUAAAAAUACGCAAAUCUGGCUCGAAUCCAAGCAGAACAUGCGAUUUUUCAAGGAGGAAUACGUUGGCCUUUGAUGGUGUUCUGUUUUCGCCGGGAUGAAACAGAGGCUUUACCAUUUUAGGGCCUGUUCGUAAGGCGAUGGUCACAUGGAGAGGGGUUAGCGUUUUAAUUUGAGCCUGUGGUCACAUGGAAAGGGGUUAACGCGAUGAUUUGAGCCUGUAGUCACACGGAGCUGGGUUAACGCGAUGAUUUGAGACAGUGGUCACGUGGAAAGGGGGUUAACGCAGUACUUUCAGCCGGUGUUCAUAUGGGGUUGGUGUCUACGCAAUACUUUUAGCUGGGGUUCCGGUGCUCAUAUGGGAAGAGGGUUUAAGCACUAAUUUCUCAACCGAUGGUCACGUUGAGAGGUUUCUGGGAGGGUUUAACGUACUAUUUUCAGCUGAUGUUUUUCAUGAGUUCUUCGCUCAGUUCUGAGAUUUUGCCGUACUCUCAUACAUAAUUUUAACUACACGUGUCCUGUCGUUUGAAGAUAAAACGUUUGCGGUGUAAAUCUCUUGAGAGUGGGAACUCCAUUAUCUGAUACUGAAACAAAGGCAGAAGCACAAUUAGAUGAAAAGGUUUCGAGGCAGGUAGAUCCUUCAACGGAUGUUGAACGCAAGGCAGAGCUACAACCAGAUCUGCUUUGCUUUAGGAUUUCAAUGGACACAUCUGAAAUGUGUGAUGAGGAGGAAGCUCAAUGGUUUGUAAAACAAGCCUCAAAUUCCCUGAGGGAAAUUGCCUCUCAGGGAGUGUAUGUAAAAUGCUUCUGGUAUGAAGGUCCUAUUCCCCCAGGCAGUAAUGGUGCUCCAUCGGUGUCUUCUGUGGUAAAGAAGAUAAAAGGUCAUGAUGGGAAGAAUUUGGAUAGAAUUCAAGACCGUACUGGAGUAAUCAUAAGUAUGGUUCUUAGUAACAAGGCCAUUAGUGUGGCACAAUCUGGCAAUGCAGAUCUUCCUGGUAGGGUAAUAGGUGUACGUAUCAGAUGUAUAAGAAGAAGAGGAGUUUGUGAAGCAUCGAAGAAGAUUCAACAACUACUUGGUUUGGCAGGAGACUAUUUUAUGAAGGAAACAAAUGUGGAGGUCAAAGAGAAAACUGCCAUUUAUUCUGAUUCGGUGCAUGGUAGCCCAUCAUUGCCUUCAACUGGUGCUGUUAAGAGAAAUUUUGUGGCUAGGUCAGGAGUACAGGGUCCUACAACCAUCUCCCAACCAUUAUAUCCUUCCUCUGAAAAGCAAGAACGCAAAUUUAUGGAUGGGUAUUUGCACAGGGAAGUCCCAGAUUCUCAUAUAUCAAGGCGACCACUAUAUAGAGAAGCCUAUGGGGAGGAUCUCUAUAAGGAUAAUGACGAUACAACAUAUUUAGACUCAAGAAACAAAUCCAAUUUGCUAUAUGUCUACAAUAUGCAGGGCAAUAUGCCAGUCCAGAUGUUGAAAACUAUUUUUCAGAGGGUCUUAUGCGAAAAGCUUGCUCUUCCUUAUACCUGCGAGAUAGUGUUACAGGCAAACUAUGUUUCAGAUCACUCUUAUGCCAUAGUAGAAUUUGCAGCUGAGAGCCUAGUCACUGCUGCUCUUGGCCUCUAUGCUGAGGACAAAACCAUUUUUGAUGGUUUGAAAGUAAGGUUACCCCGAGUAUCAAUCCCUAAGCCAGCAAGGACAAAUUAUUAUAAUGAAUUAAGCACAAAAUCUGUUGACCCAAUUGGAUUCUCUCCCCGUGAGGAGAGGUACAUUCAGAAAGAGCCUUUUCCAUACGGUAGUAGGCGGAAGCCUGAACAAAGAUAUAUUGAGCACGAUUAUAGGCGUGGGAAAGGUAUGCCAUGGUGGGAUGAUGAGACAGUUGAGGAGCCAAAUACUCUCUACUUAACAGAGCUGACUGUAAAUGCAUCCGCGCAAUCUAUCAGAGACCUCUUUGAGGACAUUUUGGCUCAUUAUGUUGGGACUCCGCUUUUGAGUUCUACAGGGAGAAAGUUGGUUCUGGAUGUGAGAUAUGUGCGCACAAAGCAGUGUGCAUUUGUGGAUUUAGCAACCCCUCAGCUAGUUGACUUCAUGCUAGAUUUGCAUUCUCAAAGACCAGAGCUUUUUGACUACAUGAAAAUGGAAAUAGGUAACAAGUACAUCUAUGAAAACAGGGAAGAUAUGGGCAGGCCUGACUGGGUACACCAUGACAUUAAAGCAGGCCGAUAUCCUAUCAAAUCCAGAGGAAAUCCACAUUUGGAAAGAGAUGCUGAACCAAUUGGUGCUUAUGGAUACUUGGAAAGGAAUGCUAAGAGAAUGAGAAAUUUUGACUUCGGAGAAGAAUCUGAUGAAUACCAUCGAGACAAACCUUUUGAUUUCAGGAAGCGUCCCAAAUCUGAUCCCGAGAAAACGGUAUUUGCUCAUGGUUUCCCACCAAGUGCGACAGGGGAAAUGAUUUGCCACAUUUUUGAAAGCGUUCUUCGUGAAAAUGUCAAGGGACUUAUGCACGAUGAGAUUGUUACUGAGGUGCGAGUACCAUCCCACUAUUAUGCCUUUGUUGUAUUUGCCACGGAGGAACUCACCCGCUUGGCGCUUCAGUUGUACGCACAGGAUAAAGAAAUAUUUGAUAAAAUUCGACUUAGACCUCACAUAGAUUCUCAGAUGGAAGGGCGUUUUGGAAAAAGUUUUAAAGAGCAUGACCAUAGCACGCGAGGAAUUGUACGAGGAAUUGAAUUUAGCAAAAAGGAGCAGCAUGGGCUUGAGGACCAUCCUAGCUCUGUGGGUAUCAACAGCAAAAGUCAGCAAUGGAUAGAUGUCAACUCUAGUAGUGAACGGCUUAUCCACACCUCUGUCAGCCAUUAAGUUUAUAUAACCGGAAGGAAGUGAGAGACAUAUAUGAACAUAUGUGGUAUAUCUGCAAUUUGCUCGUGACUGAAUUAGAUUGCGGACUUUGUCUAUAGUUUGUAAUGUGACCGUAAGUUGCUAACUUUGUUGACUUUUUCCUUCAGGAUAUGUAACUUUGCAGGGCCAGAUUUUAAGCAGUCUUCGACCAUGCAUGGAUAGAGUGAUUCACAUAUGUUUCCUGCAAUUAUAUUCUGUAAAAGCUUCACUCACCAGUUUAUGCAAUUCAGAUGACUUGCUUUAAUGCUGGUGUUAAAGAACUGUGUUCCUGAAUUAGGUACAUCUUUUAUGUGGAGAUUGCUCUACACGGGGAAACAAAGGAGAUCAAUUUGUCUAAUGUGACGAAAUAAUAAAAGUCAAAACAAUAUAAGCCACUGAUUUGCAGUUUGCACUGUAAAGGCACAUUUUAUACCUGUAGUACUAACAACUUCAGUUGCUCAUCUUAUAUGUACAUGUUACUUUAUUCAAUGACACGUGUUUUUCUUUUUUUUUGAGAAA